AAUUGUGAGUGUUUCAACUUUCAAGGCCCAGCGGAAGAGAGAAUCAACUGCAGAAGGUAAGGAAGCAUUAAGCAUAUAGCUGCAAUGGGGUCUUCUUCAACAGCAUCCUCCUUUUCUUUAUCCUGUCCCUGCGGCUGGGUUAUCCCUAAUUCAUCUCCCGCCUUCCUCAAACCCUCGACCCUCCGUCUCCGAACUCCUCUUCACACCAAAAUCACAUAUACCCAGUUUUUGAAAACGGCAGAAUCCCACCUUCUCGGAUUCUACAGAGCGAAGGCCAGAGCUACCCUCGAUGAAAAAGAGCAGAAUUCUACUAACCCUCUCGUUGUCCAGGAAGAACGACACAACAGAGACGUUGAGGAGAGUGUGGAAGUUCUGAAGAAUGCUGCAAAGACGAGGCGGGUUGCGGCCGAGAAGGUUGUCUCUGCUCUGUCCGUGAUUGAGAAAGCCAAACUUGAUUCGUCAGGGUUUCUCGAAACACUUGGGGGUUCGGAGUCCCCUGGGAGAACCUGGAUGCUUAUUUUCACUGCUACGAAACAAUUGAAUGGUGGUAGCUACUUCCCUCUUACGGCUGUUCAGAGAUUCGAUGCCGCUGUGAGCAUUCUGAUAAAUAUGAUGGCAAAGAGGAUAGAGAAUGGAGUGUAUCUUGGGCCAAUUGGAAGCUUAACAUUUGAAGGCAGGUUCUCUUGGAAGAAGAGAGUACUAGCAUUCAUUUUUGAGUGCAUUCGGAUUAAAGUUGGACCCUUUAAACCUCUAGAGGUCAGUCUUGGCCAAAAAGGAAAUAGUGAACCAAGCACCAAUAAUCCAUUCUUUAUCUGGUUUUAUGUUGAUGAAGAAAUAGCUGUUGCUCGAGGCAGAAGUGGGGGGACUGCCUUUUGGUGUAGAUGUCGCCGCGUCAAGAGUUACUAACUCUUGAAUCCUUUCAAAUUUUCAGUCAGAUACCAAUAUAUGGUGUUUUAUCUCUUCUUGUGUACAUUCUUCUUCAAUUUACAUUUGAAUCUGUAUGCCAUCAAAUCUAUACUACAUAUAAAGCACGUAUAAAUCGAGUUGUUUUACAUUUUUUUAA